CAACACACACAAUCUAAAGAACAUCCUCUAGACAGAAAAAAAGAAAUUAGAAAAACAAUGAAGUCCUCUUACGCUUCUUCCUCUGAUGAUCUCCACGCUUUGGUCAAUGAGAUCAAGAGAGAAAUUCAGUUGUCCAACAUUAAUCUUGAUCCUUACUCAUUUGUCUCUCCUUCAGCUUACGACACGGCUUGGUUAUCCAUGAUCGAAGAAGAAAACAACGUAGGUGAUGAUGAGCUUAAACCGAUGUUCCAAGAUUGUCUAGAUUGGAUUAUGUGCAAUCAAAAUGCCAGAGAAGGUUUCUGGGGAAACUCCGGAAGUUAUACUACGGUGGCUGAUGCCGGAGAUGAAGGCGGCGAAGAGGACAUGUAUAUUCUCAGUUCCACUCUUGCUUGUGUUGUAGCACUUCAGAAAUGGAACACUGGGUGUUUUCAUCUCCACAAAGGAAUCCUAGAGCUUGCUCAACAACUUGGCUUACAUUUUGUCUUCUCUAGUCGCUGCAUCGAUAUGAUCAAAGGGAUGUUUUAUCAACGCCAAGAGAUUAUCAAAAGAGAAAAAUUGGUGGAUGAUUGUAACUACAAACCUCUAUUGGCCUAUUUAGAGGUGUUACCAUCGAAAUUAUAUGUCAAAAAUCAAGAAGAAAUCAUCGUUAAGAGUCUCGACAGUAUCGAUGGCUCGUUGUUUCAGUCGCCUUCAGCAACUGCGUCAGCGUUUAUGCUCACUCGCAACUCGAAAUGUCUAGCUUAUCUUCAAAAUCUCGUUCAAAAAUGCCCUAAUGGAGUGCCACAAAAGUACCCUCUCAAUGAAGAUCUCAUAAAACUCUCCAUGGUUAAUCUAAUAGAGAAUACUGGUUUAGGAGAGUUCUUCGGUGUAGAGAUUGAACACGUUCUUGAACAAGUUUACAGAGCCACGGAUCUCAUGUUUCCGGGAGAGCAUGAUCUUGAAGAAGCAAGAGAAUAUACUCGGAAUUUACUCAAGAAAAGUCGGUCCAUUAAUGAAAAAAUGAUUGUGCAUGAAUUAAGUACUCCAUGGAUAGCUCGACUCAAACACCUUGAUCACAGGAUGUGGAUUGAGGACAAGAACUCAAAUGCCCUCUCAGUCGAAAAAGCCUCUUUUCUAAGACUAAAUAGUGCGUAUAGCAACAAACUGACUCAUCUUGCCGCAAAAACCUUCGAGUUUCGACAAACCAAAUAUUGUCGCGAGCUGGAGGAAUUGACAAUGUGGGUAAAGAAAUGGGGACUUAUUGACAUUGGUUUUGGUAGAGAGAAGACAACAUAUAGUUACUUUGCAACUGUGACUUCGUUGCCCUAUGAAUAUGCCAUUAAAUUUGGUAAGCUUGCAGCAAAAAGUGCCAUCCUCAUCACAAUUGCCGAUGAUUUCUUUGAUGAAGUAGCUUCUUUCAAUGACCUGGAAGCUCUUACUAAAGCAGUUUUAAGAUGGGAAGGAGAAGAGCUUAAAGGUUACGGCAAGAUCAUUUUCAGAGCACUUGAUGAUAUUGUAAGAGAGACUGCAAAUACUUGUCGUACGCACCACAAAACCGACAUAAUCGUCCAUCUUCGCAACAUCUGGGGUGAAACAUUUGAGUCGUGGCUGCGUGAAGCUGAAUGGAGUAAGAAGGGACACACAGUGUCGAUGGAAGAAUAUAUUCGAAACGGAAUGACCUCAAUCGCAGCACACACCAUUGCUCUUUCCAUCUCAUGUCUCAUGGAACCUUGUUUUCCCCAAAACAAACUCAAACAGGGAAAUUACGACAACAUAACUACAUUGCUCAUGAUCAUAUCUCGACUCUUAAAUGAUCUACAAAGUUAUCAGAAGGAACAAGAACAAGGGAAGAUCAACUCCGUGCUGCUCCACUUGAAGAAUCAUCCAGGUCUCAAGAUUGAGGACUCGAUCGCUCAUAUUGAAAAGAUAAUCGAUUCAAAAAGAAAAGAGUUUAUGGAGCAUGUACUAGUUGAUGGAAAAAGUGACUUGCCGAAACCGGGCAAAGAGAUUCACAUGUCUUGUUGUAAAGUCUUUGAGAUGUUUUUUAACAAGAAGAACCGUUAUGAUUCGAACACGGAGAUGCUUCAAGACAUUAAGAAGGCUCUCUAUGAUCCCGUGAAUGUUUAUGAACUAUCAGAGAUCGAGCCUAUGCCACUAAUGACACAUGGUGAUGACAUUAUGAUUCUUCCUUUGCUUUUGAACAGUUUGCCAAAUAUUCUUGAAUUUAAGAGGAAGGACGAAUACGGAGCAAUGAAAACAUCUAUGUGCUUGGGAAGAACUUAUAGUGUUCAUAAACGCGUUAUGGCCUCACAGCUUGAUGAUCAACAGAAGCCUCUCAAGAUUGUUGCCUCGCAGUGGAAACCGGUACCAAUGAUGCCAUCAAUAUUCGCACCAUGCUUCUACUAAUUAAUUUCGUAUCGUUAUAUAUUAUCUAUAUAUAGAUUGGUGAUUCUUUACAUUUGGUAUAUGUAAAAUAGUUUGUGUUUUUUUUUCUGUGUGCAAAUUGUUAUGACAAGUGUGAUUGUGAAAGAUUAAGAAAGUAUGUUGCUUUCA